GAGCCCAGGCCUGUGUUCUGGUGUUUUCCACCACGGACAGGGAGUCCUUCAAGGCCAUCCCCACCUGGAAGGAGAAGGUUGUGAGCGAGGUUGGAGACGUUCCCACCGUGCUGGUGCAGAACAAGAUCGAUCUCCUCGACGACUCCUGCGUAAAGAACGAAGAGGCCGAAGCGCUGGCGAAAAAGCUAAAAUUGAGGUUCUACCGAGCGUCCGUGAAGGAAGACCUGAACGUAACCGAAGUGUUUAAGUAUCUGGCUGACAAGUACCUCCAGAGGCUGAAGCAGCAAACAGCCGAAGACCCAGAGCUGGUGCACGCGAGCAGUAACAAGAUUGGUGUUUUUAACACGGCGGGCGGGAGCCACCCCCGCCAAAACUCCUGCGCCCUGAACGGCGGGGACGUCGUCAACCUGCGGCCGAACAAGCAGAGGACCAAGAGGAGCCGAGGGCUCUUCAGCAGCUGCAGCGUGGCCUAG